CAACCCGGUGACGAUCUCGUCUACAAUUCCACAGCUAACUGCUGGUUGAUCGCUUAGUUGUACGGGGUCGUCGAAGCUAACGGCGGCGAGAUGAAGCCGCCGUCGCCACCGAAGCAGACGGCGGCGGCGGCGCCGGCGACGGCGACCACGGCGCAGGGGUUCGAGAUCGGUCAGAUCACCUGCGUCAAGGACCUCCUCCCGCUCCUGGAGGGCGUCCCCGUUACGUAUCGGUUCGACAAGUACAACGCGACGCUCGAGGGGACUGUCGCCUCCGACGGCUACGUCUGCGCCUGCCCCGCCCACGCGGCCUGCGGCUACCGUGGCAAGGGGCUGUCGGCGUUGCAGUUCGAGAAGCACGCGGGGGUGACGUCGAAGAACCAGAACGGCCACAUAUUCCUCCGCAACGGCCGCUCGCUCUACGAGCUCUUCCACGCGCUCAGGGAGGUGCCCGCCGAGAACUUUCCGGAGGCAUUCCGGAUGGCCGCGGGGGUGCCCAUGACGGUGCUCGCCGCUGCGGCCGCGGCUGCCUCCGAAGAGCCGCCGCGGGAGCGGGGGUCGGCGGCGGCAGAGCAGCCCCCGGCCUCGGCGACGCCCCGACCGCGUCCGACCGUGGAGAUGCUGACCGAGGAGGAGAAGGCUGGCUUGUCUCUCCUUGGCUUGAGGGCAAGUGUCUCAACGACCGAGACUAAUCCAAUGGACGGUGUUGAAGGGCUUGCUUCAGAAGCAAUUAUUGUUCCAAGUAGUGACCAGGCAAUGCCUGAUGCAGAAGAGAUGGGGAAUGCAGCUGCUGAGAGACCUAGGAAUAGUGUUCUUUCGACAGCCACAACCGUUAAAGUGCCAGUGAUGACAGGCAAUGACCGUGCAAUGGCUGAUGCAAAAGAGAUGAGGGGUGCAGAUGUUGAGCAAGAUGGGGGUUUGUCAACAGCCCUUGCUGUUAAACUGGAGGUUACAUCUGGUAAUGACCAUGCAAUGCCUGAUGCGAAAGACACGAGGAAUGCAGAUCUUGAGCAACCUAGGGAUAGUGUGCUAGCAACAGCCUCUGUUGUUAAAGUGGAACUUGGAGCAGUCAAUGACCAUGCAAUGCCUAAUUCAGAACAGACAAGAAAUCCAAUUCUUGAGCAACCUUGGGAUAGUAAUCUGUCGACAAACACUCCUGUUAAGAUGCGGGUUACGGAAACCAAGUAUCGGCCAGAGAGUAUACUUAAAGAUGUAAGGGGAUUGCUGUCCACUGGCCUUCUUGAAGGCUUCAGGGUAACCUAUAAGAAGAAUGAGGCGGAGAGGAUUGGAAGAAUAAAUGGACAAGGAUAUUCUUGUGGCUGCUCGGAAUGUGGAUAUAAAAAUAUAAUGAAUGCUUGUGAGUUUGAACAGCAUUCUGGUGAGUCGUCCAACAAUCAAAACAAUCACAUAUUCUUGGACAGCGGAAUUUCUUUAUACAUGGUGAUACAAGGACUGAAAUAUACUAAACUUGAUAUGCUUGGGGAUGUGAUUGGCAAAGAGAUCGGUCUCCCUCCAAAUAUGUUUCAAUAUGAAAAGUGGAAAGCUUCGUUUCAACUGGAAAAGGAUGAUUUUGAUGAUGCACCUUCAGAACCUUGUUCAACUCAAAGCUCACAAGAGUUCGCUAUCGCUUUGACGGAUUCGUUGAAAGACUCAACCAACAAUGCCAGUUCAAUCCUCAACUGGAGUUCAUUCAGGAGGCGUUCAGAUAGACAGUUCAAACGAGGAUGUGCUGAGACUUUGACUCCAAUCUUGAGUAGAAGCCCCGACAAAGAGACAUCAGGUCUAUCUACAGGCACUUCCAUGAAGAGUGGCACUGAGGAAACUCCUAGUGAGAACACAACUGUUCUUCUCGCUCCCGAUGGUAUAAAAUGUAAUUCCGCUGGACGUAUUGCAUUGAGUUCCACAUCUUCAGAGUGUGAUCCCAUAAAUUUGGCACUUCCUUUGUCAAGUCCACUUACAGUAAUUCAAGAUCCUCCACCAGACCACAACGUUGACUCAAAUUCGAAAGAUUUGUGGCAACCAAAAGUGAGGGAUAACACUUUGCACCCGAUGCUUUUCAAGGAGGGGGGGCUUCCAGACUUUACUUUGUUAACUUACAAGACGAAGAAUGGAGAGGUUCUAAUGCAAGGAUAUAAACUGGGGACAGGUAUAGUCUGUGAUUGUUGCAGUAGCGAGUUUACUCCUUCACAUUUUGAAAAACAUGUUGGAAUGGGGAAAAGACGGCAACCGUACCGCAGUAUUUAUACUUCAGAUGGAUUAACACUUCAUGAGCUGGCACUGAAACUGCAGGAUAGUUCGCAGACAAUGAACAGCACUGUUCUUUGCACGGUUGAUGAACUCCCUAAUCUUACUUCAGGUUCUGGCAGAGAAGCUUUGACCGCUAGCAGACCUAUUAUUUUUCCCUUGAAGCGGACACUACAAGAAAGAGUAUCCAAAGUAGAGAGCUGUUAUAUUUGUGGAGAUCACCAUACGGCGAUUGGAGUUAUCAGUAUUGACAUGAUUGUCUUCUGUAACCAGUGUGAGAGAGCAUGCCACGUUAAGUGCUACAACAAUGGACUUCAAAAACCAAAGGCACCUCUGAAAGUUUUGGGAGAAUACACACAAUUCAACUUCAUGUGCAGUGAAAAAUGCCAGAUGUUACGUGCUUCUUUGCAUGAAGCACUGAACAAGAGGGAAGAGAUUGCCUUUCUCAGACAGACAAGAUCCAGUAUUUGUUGGCAACUUUUAAGUGGAAUGAAUAUGAGGAGUGAUGUGCAACAGUACAUGCAUCAGGUCAUUGAGAUCUUCAAAGAUUCAUUUGCCAGAACAGCUGCCCAGGACAUUGAUGUUAUACAAGAUAUGGUUAAUUCACAGUCGACUACCGGAGAGAAGGAUUUUCGUGGAAUCUAUUGUGCAGUGUUAAUUACAAGUACACUUGUUGUGUCAGCUGCAAUUCUGAAAGUGCGUACAGAAGAAGUUGCAGAACUUGCCCUUAUUGCUACGCGUAAUGAGUGCAGAAAGAAGGGUUAUUUUUCACUUCUCCUAAGUCUAAUUGAAGCACAUUUAAAGGCAUGGAAUAUCCGUCUUCUAACGGCACCUGUUGAUCCAGAGAUGGCGCCAAUCUGGUCUGACAAACUUGGAUACACUAUUUUGUCAGAUGAACAGAAGCAUUCUAUGCUGGUGGCACAUCCCUUGGUGAUGUUCGAGAACCUAACCUUGAUGCAGAAAUCACUUGCCUGAGAAAACUGAUCCCAUGGUUUUUAGGAGAGAAGUUUACCUUUGGAUAGCCAACCGGGUAUAGUUUGUAGCCGGCCACCUUUUUAAUGGAUGAUUCAAGGCUCAACUGUGUAGAGAGUAGAGGCAUCUCAGUAGAAUCUUUUAGUUAGUACUUAAAAAAAUCACUCAGAAACAAGGUUUUUGUAGAUUAACGUCGAGUGGAUAAUUCGAAGCUGAAUCAUAACUCUUUGCAAGAAUAGAAGCGUUUCUGACAUGCUCCACCGAGAGGGUUGCGUCUGUGAUGUACAUCAUUUGCCACACAUGUUCCCAGCUAGCUAGAUGUGAUCAAUUGCUCCCAGUUUCUUUCUGAUAAUGUCAAUUAGGCAUUAAUAUCAUGUCAUACUUGUACCUGUAUUUGUAGUAUCAUAU